ACAAAAAAAAAAGUUAAUAAUAAAAACCGCUCAAAAAUUCGGGUAUAUAAGUAAAUUAAUGAAAUGGAUUGCGUCACAAAUAACGGUUUUUCGGCCCUCCCCCUCCCAGGUCGAAAAAAAAAAAUUAUUAACGUCCAGACCUUGUUUUUUUUUUCAACAUUGUUGUAACCCCCACUCUUUUUUUGAUUCAUUAAAUACACCUUUAGUACAAAAUGGGACUUUCCGAUAUCUUUUCUAGCUUCAUGCCUACCGUCUAUGCUGAUGAGGAGCCCGUUGAAGAAGUUGUUGAAGAAGUCGAGGAAGUUGUAGAGGAAGAGGAGGAAGAGGAAGAGGAGCCCGAGGAUCCCAAGGAAGCUAUCUGGGAAGCCUGUACUCAAGAAUGCUCUGCUUUGAAGCAUCACCUCGACGAAUGUAACGAACGUGUCGAAAACGGUUCCAGUGAAAACUGUAUUGAGGAAUUUUUCCACUUUAUGCACUGUGCUGAUGAAUGUGCUGCUCCCAAGAUUAUGGCUGCUACCGUUUAAAAAUAAAUAGACCAUUUAUUCCACAUAUAUAUUAAAAAAAACAUGUACUUUUCUUAUAAACUACACCUCUACAUAUUGC